AUAAAAAUAAUUACGUCUGUUUUAACAAUGGUGUAGAGAGAGAGAGAGAGAGCCGUAAUCUCUCUGUGUUAAACCCAGACGAAACCUCCGAUCAUCUUCUCCUCUCUCUCUCUCACUCUAAUCUUUCAUCUUCCUCACCUCACCGCACCGUUACGGUUAUUUUUCCGGAGCAAUCGAUUUUGGGAUAAGGUUUUGGGUUAAACUCAAACCAGAACCAAGGGAGAGAGAGCUAAAAGAGGGGUUUCUCGUCUCUCGAUGACUCUAAGCCGUUCAUCAGCCGCCGAUUCAACCAAUAACUCUAACCGAUCUUUCUCCGCCGUGGCUGGAACCGAUCUCAAACGGAAACUAGACGAUUUCGACGCUUCGUCGUCGACUCCUGAUAAUCGCCAUAGGAUGAAGAAACACGAGGCUGAACCCGAUCACAUGGCUCAGCAGACUUCGGUUUCCUGGAGAUCCGGUGAGAAUUCCGGGUUUGAUCGGUCUUCCGCCGACGACUGUUCUUCCUCGAAUCGCCCCGAGUCGACUCGGUUACAAAUCUUUGUGAGGAUGAUGUCUGGAGGCAAAACGAUAGUGAUCCACGCCGAUAAAAACGACACCGUGGAGAAGCUCCAUCACAGGAUUGAGUGUAAAACGAAGAUUCCGGCGGCUCAGCAGCGAGUUAUCUACAAAGGUAAGCAGUUACAGAACGAACACUCGCUUGCUUACUACUCGAUCGAACAAGACGCUUCGCUUCACCUCGUUGCUAGGAUGCAGAGUACAGAGCAUCCUGUCGCUUGGCAAACGAUUGAUGAUAUUAUGUACACAAUCUCGAGAUUGUACAAAGGUGAAACUGUUCAUUCCAACAUCAACGAGAAGCUCGUUGCCUUCUUUGCCAUGAUUCCUCCGGAGAACGAUCACAACAUUGCCAACUAUUUGGGGAUUUUCUCGAAUUCUUCGGUUCCAGCUGCUUUAGUGAUGCUCUACGCUUCUUCCUUAGAAAGGAACAAAUCAUGUGCUAAAAGUUCUGUUAAGCUCUUCUUGAGUAGUUGCACAGCCUUGCCCAAGAUUCAGCAGAACCAUUGUUUACCCAUAGUGUUAGACUUCUGUAAAUUGCUUAGGAAAGUUUGCCCUGAUCAGAAGCUCUAUAUUACUUGCCGGAACGCCUUGGGCUCAAUGCUGGAAACGUUUGAUAACCCUGAUGUAUUCAAUAAGGGUAAUGGAUUAACGACUGUUGGGGUGGAAAUUUUCCCCUUCUUUACUGAGUUAACUGGUCUUUUGGUGAAUGAGUUACACCAGAAUUCAGGGCCUAGUUUCAGUGACUUUCAUAAAUUAUCUUCCUUUUGGCAACACUUGAGGAAGGCCAUUGAAUACCAAGUUGCCUACCCGGUUCCCAUUGUCUUACCUCUGCGGAAUAAUGUAUUAGAGGCGGAGAUCGGACAUCUCCAUCGGUUAUUCGGAACAUUGCUGAGUGCAAUGGACGUUUGUAUGUGCAGGGUCGAAUCUACGCUGGCUGACAAAGAAGUUGGAAACAGUGAAGCUACCUCUUCAUCAUGGUCUCAGUAUCUUGCUAUUCUCAAGAUUAUCAAUUCGAUGUCUAACCUCUAUCGUGGUGGUAAGGGGCAGCUAGCUGCUAUGUUAAAUAAAAAUAAGGCUUCAUUCUGUACCCUCAUUCUGAAAUUGGCAAAGAGAGGAGAUGACCACCAAUGGAUCUUUGAGUACAAGGAAUCUACCAACUUUGAAGCUAGGAGGCAUUUGGCAAUGCUGCUGUUUCCUGAUGUGAAAGAAGACUUUGAUGAGAUGCAUGAAAUGCUAAUUGAUCGCUCUAAUUUGUUAGCAGAAUCUUUUGAAUACAUAGCGGGCGCAAGCUCUGAAGGACUUCAUGGUGGACUGUUCAUGGAAUUUAAGAAUGAGGAAGCGACAGGUCCUGGUGUUCUACGAGAAUGGUUCUAUCUGGUAUGUCAGGAGAUAUUCAAUCCAAACAAUACCCUCUUCCUUCGAUCUGCUGAUGAUUUUAGAAGAUUCUCUCCAAAUCCGGCAUCCAAGGUGGAUCCGUUGCAUCCUGAUUUCUUCGAGUUCACGGGUCGUGUGAUUGCCUUGGCGUUGAUGCACAAAGUUCAAGUGGGUGUGCUGUUCGAUCGUGUAUUCUUCUUACAAUUGGCCGGAAUGAAAAUUUCUCUGGAAGAUAUUAAGGACACGGAUCGAAUCAUCUACAAUAGCUGCAAACAGGUGUUAGAAAUGGAUCCAGAGUAUUUCGAUGCAAACGCUGGUCUUGGUCUAACAUUCGUGUUGGAAACCGAGGAGCUGGGAAAGAGGGAUUUAAUAGAGCUAUGUGUAGGCGGGAAAUCCCUGGCUGUUAACAGCAAGAACAGGAAACUAUACGUCGAUCUCCUCAUCGAGCGUCGAUUUGCAACACCAAUCGUUGAGCAAGUAAAACAAUUUUCCAGGGGUUUCAAUCAUAUGCUUUCGGAUUCUGCACCGCCCAGAUCCUUUUUCAAGAGGUUAUACCUAGAGGAUCUCGAUGGAAUGCUUCGAGGAGGAGAAAACGCGAUAAGCAUAGAUGAUUGGAAAGCUCAUACAGAGUACAACGGAUUCAAAGAGACUGAUCGCCAAAUAGACUGGUUCUGGAAGAUUCUGAAGAAAAUGACAGAGGAAGAACAGCGGAAUAUACUCUUCUUUUGGACAUCGAAUAAGUUUGUACCGGUGGAAGGUUUUAGAGGAUUAUCAUCAAAGCUUUACAUCUACAGAUUAUAUGAAGCUAAUGAUCAUCUUCCAAUGUCUCAUACUUGCUUUUACCGUCUUUGUAUACCAAAAUACCCGUCGAUCAGUCUCAUGGAACAACGCCUAAGACUCAUCGCUCAAGAUCAUGUCAGCUCCAGUUUCGGUAAAUGGUGACGAGUUAUCAAAGUAAUCUCGUUCUCUUUCUAUCUAUCUCUAAUUAGGGGUUAGUAGAUUCGUGCUUUUGGUGUAUAGAUUUAGGGGUUGUGGUCAUAUCUCUGUUUAUGGCCGGGAGAGGAAGGUGAAACCUUUCUUAACUUCUGUUUCUUAACUUAAUGGAUGAUUUAAUUUUAUGUCGAGGAGUAAAAUAUAAGUAAAAAAAAAAGUAUCCUUUUGACAUAUUUGGCUUUUUGUUCUCUCUUUUGUUAUUGGUGUUGUUGUGGUGUGUGUUUGGAUAUGUCGAAUCAUGUAAAUAAGAAUAAACAUUAGGGUGAUUAA